AUGUCCACCAAAGAAGACACCAUGAUGAAACAGAGCACACCCAACAACAAGAAGAAAAACUCCAUCCCAAAAGUUCUUCCAGCCCAAAUCAUCCUCGAAAUCCUCUCCAGACUCCCCAUCAAAACCCUCUUCCUUUGCCAACUCGUUUCCAAACACUGGCUUUCUCUCAUCUCAAACCCUCACUUCGUCAUUCUCCAUCUCUCAAGAUCACCAGUCAGCCUCUUGCUCAAACCCUUCUACCGCAACUGCGGAUCGAACCAACUCCGCUUGGUUGACCUCCAAACCCUCCGUAAAAUCCGUCCCCGCGAAGACCAAUUGAAACUCAACCCCAAAAUUAACUUCCCACUUCUUGGACGCCAAAUAGUUAACUCCUGCAAUGGUUUGCUUUGCUUGUGUAAUGAUAACUCUGAAAUUUUUGUAUGCAAUCCAAUUUUGGGUGACUACAUUACCUUACCAUGUCCAAUAUAUGAUCGAAUUUACUAUGAUCGUACCAUCAAUGCUUUCAAUUUUACUCCCAAGACAAAAAAAUACAAGGUGAUGCAGUUUAUUCUUCAACGGGUUGUUGAGUCUUUUGAUCCCAUUAUUGAGUUUUGUACUUAUCGUGAUGAGGCAAAGGCUAAGAUUUACACAAUUGGUGAUAGUCCCGACUUUGUUGUUUUGAUUUUGGCAGCGAGCAAUUUCGGUCCUCUUAGUAUUGAUAUAUGGUUAAUGAAAGAUUAUGGGAUUAAGGAGUCUUGGAGCAAAGAGUUGGUAUUUGAUAGUGCAUUGAAUCUAAAUAUUUAUGGGAUCAAAUCAGAAUUUUAUGGGAUUGCUCAUAUUUCGAGCUUUGUUUCCCUCAAUGAUGUUGCCAAAGGUCAAAGCUUGAUGAAUUUGUGA